AUAUACCAACCAUUAUGUAUUGUCCGAAUACAUGACUUACAUAAGUGACUACUUAUGUAAAACCGCGUCAAUGUCAAUUAGAUUUGCAUCCAAUUAUAUAAUCUGAUUUAAAACGCAUGACCGCCGUAACAGCCAUAGGGAAUCUCAUUCAAUUUUUAACCGUAUUCUUACGCAAUAAAUUCCAAAUUCAAAAUGUCCAAUGACCCUUAUGAUUUUUUGGUAGGACAUUAUCAUUUAAUAGAUUAGACUGCAAAUCCUCCCUCAUCAAACAUUAUUAACAAUGAUUAUCAUUAUACCUACUUAAAAUCUAUACAAAGUAACAAAAGAAUAUCAAGAUAAUGAGCAUGUAUUAAUGAAGUGAACAAUCUACUUAUAUCCUUUGUACAAAGAGUCACAUUGAUAUUCGACUUAUCAACAAGUAUUGUUAUUAAGUAAUUGAUUGUUUUUUGUUUAAUGCAAUUAAUUGAAGAGUGAACAUUAGUUUGUAAGAAUGAAGCUUUGUGUAUUUUUUUGUUUUAUUUUUGUAACUAAUCUGGUUUAUGGACAAUGGACCAGCCGUGUUUAUUUGGAGAAAGCUCAAGAUAACUUCCAGGAUAUGGUACAGGAAACGGUACUGCGAUUGGAGCAGCGGGGUUUUAGCUCUCUUCGACUCCAAGAUAUAACGCAAACUAUAAGUCAACAGAUGUACAAAUGGCACGUCACAGGUAACGUCACGUACACAAAUGGUUUCCUAGUAUCCAUACAAAAGAUGGAUGUGACCAACUUCGUACAGCACACGGCAGACACCACGGUGGCCGACGUCGCUACAACCUUAGCAACGAUCAGCGGGCGGUUGAACAUUAGGGACAUGAAGAUCGGUUAUGAUGUGAUUGCUGAACUAGGAGAAGAUGGAAAUCAUAGAUUCACCGGGACUUUCGUUCACACUCUGCUCUGGUAUACCUUUCGUAUAUCCAAGAACUUACAGACACAAGAAAUAUCUGCCACUGUGUCACUAGACAGUUUGAGCGCAGGAUUACAAAGAAUGCAAUACAUGCCCAAUAACAACAUAACUGAAGUGAUUUCUAGAACUUAUAUUCCAGGCAACAUUUGGAACAGCGUUAGCAAUUGGGGUCGCGACGUCAUCCAGCCUAUUGUUUUGGACGUCGUUCAGAACAAAGUUGCUUUUCCACCAGUGUGCCUAGACUGCAGAUAA